AUGUCUCCAAAAUGCCCAGACAGACUGCUACCAAAGAUCCAAUGGAAAGAUCCUGAUCAAUAUGUUGAGUAUGGGAAGAAGCUCAAUCUGAAUCAGAUUGGAGCUACUGUCCCAGCUAUAGUUCCAGCUAUAGUUCCUGGAGCUUCUUCAUCCACAAGUAGAGCAUCAAGUGUUGCAGGAAGCAUUAACACACCUUUGCGACUUGCUGGUACUACAGGUAAUCAGAUGAUGCAAGUUCCUUCUGGAAUGCAGCUCAUCCAGAUUCCAACUCAAGGUGGCGGCACUGUGGCUGUCCCUUACUCAAUGAAUGCUAAUGGUUGGGAAGACUGGCUAUUUUGUUACGUCAAUGUCUAUCUUAUUCCAUGCCCUGCUGGUAUGACAAAUGUCAAACUUCAAGCUGACUGGCACUAUGCUAGUGAAAAUGAAGACUUGCCAGAUCUUGCUACUGAAGAAGAUCAAGGUAUGCAGUUCAUUCAAAGCCCCAGAAGAGAAAAGAAUCCAUUUGGGUUGUACAAUCAUGUCAUCAUAGACAGUGGUUGCACAAACACCACCAUUUGUAAUGGUGAGCUCAUGCAUGGACUCCGUCAUGCUGAGAAAGAACUUGACAUGCAAACUAACGUGGGUAGCAGAGUUCUCGACGAAGAAGGUUUUCUAGGAAGAUUUCCACCUCCAGUUUAUCAUGAUGAAGAUGGAAUUGCCAAUGUACUUGCUGUGCGCAAGAUAAUUGCUGCGGGAUACCGCAUUACUAUGGACACUGAUGCGGGGCAGCGCUGUUCUCUUCCAUUGUAUUGA